CGAUUACUACAACUUGAUGGAAAAUCUACAACAACCAUCGGAAUAAUGAAUAAUAACCAAUUUCGAAAGCUCGUACUUGAUACACCAGCGCGACAGUCUUCUUCCGAUAGCAAAUCCAAGAAUGGCGCUUUAAAUCCAUCCGCAACGCCGUCUCUCGGUUCGAGGGCAAGGAGCUCAAUACCUAUGACACCGUACGUACGCCCCGUCUCAUUCAAACACUUUCUGGCCUUGCUAACUCUUCUUUAUUUGCAGGCGAUCAAUAGUAGGUUAUUCCUCCAGCAAUGAAUUUGCGCGCCAGCUCGCGGCGCAAAACAAACCCCAAGCCACCCAGAAGAAGUUCCGAUCCACAGCCGCUCCCAAAGGCGCAAAACUUGCCGCAGGAUAUACGGAUCGAACGAAAGGGCGCGAAGAUGAAACUGAAGAAAGUGAUAAAGUGAAAAGAAUCAAGGCGUUGGAGGAGAUGAUGAAGUUGGAUCAGAUAGAUGAGACUACGUUUGUCAAACUGCGCGAUGAGAUUCUGGGGGAUAGUAUUGGUGGGGAGAGGGCAGCGUUGGUGAAGGGUCUAGAUUGGGCGUUAUUGGAGCGGACGAGGAGGGGUGAGGUGGGGGUUAUGGAUGUGUUGGAGGGGCAGGAUAGGAAGCUGGGAGAGGAAGAGGAGAAGGAUGAGGGAGGUGAGGAUGUUGAUGAUGAGUUUGACGAGUUGGAGGAGAGAACUAUAGAGGCUGUUGUCAAGGAGAAAGUUGUCAAAAAGGGGGAGAUGGCUCCUCCAUCUCUAACGGGCAAAAAAAGGAAUCGAGAUCAGAUAUUGGCAGAACUCAAAGCCGCCCGGUUAGCCGCGAAGGAAGCCUCUGCUCCCAGUCUAGGAUCCAAGUUCAAGAAAGUCGGCGAGAAGAGAAGUACGAGUCGUAUUGAAAGAGAUAGUAAAGGUCGCGAAGUCCUCAUCACGGUUGAUGAAAAUGGAGUUGAGAAACGCAAAGUCCGAAAAGCACCAAUUGAGCCUGUGGUAGAAAAAGGGCACGGUCUACUAAUGCCCGACAAAGAUGCUGUGCCCUUAGGUAUGGUUGUCCCAGAAAUCCCAAAACCGCCAGAAGAAGAUAAAGAAGACAUCGAUAUAUUCGACGAUGUCGGGGACGAUUAUGAUCCCUUAGCCGCUCUCGAAGAAGACUCGUCAGACGAGGAGAAAGAAGAUGGGGAAGUUGAUGAAAAUGGUGAAAAGGCACCAUCUACAGAAUCCAAAGGGAAAGAAAAAGAAGUUGGAAGAAUGCCGCCUCCUCCGCCUCCCCAGCGGCGUGACUACUUUGGCGAUACCAAACCACCACCUUCCGACACCGAGCCUAAAAAACCAGCCGGACUCACCGACCCAACUCUUCUCGCGGCACUCAAAAAAGCAUCUACACUCAAUCCAAUCAUGAGUAAAACACCCGCAGACGAAGAAGAAGCUGCCAAAGCAGCAAAGCGAAAGAAGAUGUUACAGCAAGACGAUCGAGAUGCUCAGGAUAUGGAUAUGGGCUUUGGAUCUAGCAGAUUCGAAGACCAGGAUGAUGGCGAGGAAGGCGGCGAUGGGAAGAGGGUUAAGCUGAGUGAGUGGGGUGCUGAUGAUGAUGGGGAGGAAGAGGGGAAGGGUGGGAAAGGGAAGAGAAAGAGGGGGCCGAAGAAGAGGAAGGGUGAUGCGAAUAGUGCUAAAGAUGUCUUGGCGGCUAUAGAGAGGAGGAAGGGGGAGAAGUGA